AAUACGUCUAGUCAGACAGCUAUCAGUAUCAUACUGAAGAAGAGCGUAAAGGCGUUAUAUUUAUUAAUUUAAUUAAAAUAUGGUGGCUUUCUGUUCUUUAAUACUGUGAAAUACCGCGUGUGGAACCUUAUAAGGGACACUCCCGUUUAUAUUAUCUUGUUUCUGUAAUAAAACGACCAUGUUUAAUGCAGUAAUGAUGAUUUGCAUGACCUUGCGCGCGAUUCACACACGGUUCACAGCUCGCGCGGUCGAUUGCCGCCAUCAAGAGAGCGACAGUUACUAAUUGUUCUUUUAGGAUAUCAAUGACACCCACAAGAUGUUAGACUCUGAAGAAGCCGUUUUGUCGCUGGACAACCUGUUUUAUGACGGGCCAGUGAUUCAUAAAGUGAAGCCAUUAUGUCAAGGACAAGGCGCGUGGAUCUUUGAUGCUCCACCCUCAUUAUCGCAAAUACCUGCAACACGAGACAUCCAGGGAGAGGCAGCAAACGUUCCCUCAUUUAGUUACUCACAGAGAUCAAAGAAAUUUCUGGCUCCAGCUCAAAAACCAUUUCACAAUCCUAACGAAAGUGUCCAAGGGCAGACUGUGAAAUCACAUGAGCUGGAGGAAUCUGAUUUGUGGACCCAUGAACCCUCUAAAGAAAGAAAUCAGGCUGUCAGCAUGAUGGGUUUUGUGGAAUCGAGGCCUUUACCUACUGCCAGUGCUCCUCCCUUCAAGACUCGGUUGUUCAGAGCUCCCACAAGAAGGAUCUCAGGCAAUGGUGAAGACGGUAUCUCAAAUCAAAUGAUGUCAACAACAAAUGACACUGGUUUCUUUGGUCAAGUUGCUAUGACAACCAGUGGCCCACAGACUACUCAUGGUGUUGCUACCUGUAGUCCCUUUAUUGGCUUGGGCCAAACGGAACAAAAAUGUGAUGUACCUGCAAAAAUAAACCAUAAUCUCCAUCUUGGUUUCAAACCUGCAGAAUUUGAAGGGUCGUCUGGAAAAGGAACACUUCGCUCAGUCUCUGAAAUUCCUGCUAAAUUCAGAAGUGUGUUUAAAGAAUUCCCUUACUUUAACUAUGUGCAGUCCCGGGCAUUGGAUGAUGUCCUGUACACCGAUAAAAAUUUUGUUGCCUGUGCUCCCACGGGCUCUGGGAAAACUGUGCUUUUUGAGCUGGCCAUUGUUCGACUGCUGAUUGAGUCUUCUGAGCCCUGGCACAAUGUCAGAGCUGUGUAUAUGGCACCAAUUAAGGCUCUUUGCAGUCAAAGAUAUGAAAACUGGAAACAGAAGUUUGGACCUCUUGGACUAAACUGCAAGGAGUUAACUGGAGACACAGAGAUUGAUGACAUUUUUGAAAUCCAGGAUGCUCAUCUUAUCUUUACAACUCCAGAAAAAUGGGACAGCAUGACAAGGAGGUGGAAGGAUAAUUGUUUAUUGCCAUCUGUUCGUCUCUUCCUUAUUGAUGAGGUACAUGUGGUGAAAGACAAAACCCGUGGAGCCACUCUUGAGGUUGUGGUCAGCAGAAUGAAAACCAUGCACUCGUAUCACCUGGCUGUUAAUACAGAAUCAAAAGCAUCUGUGAGAUUUGUGGCUGUCUCAGCUACCAUCCCAAACAUCCGCGACCUAUCUGAAUGGCUUUCGGAUGAGUCAGGGCCUGCCACUUGUCUGGAGAUGGAUGAUAGUCACAGGCCAGUGAAACUGAGGAAAGUCGUGCUUGGGUUCCCCUGCGGAAGUAAUCAGAAUGAAUUUAAAUUUGAUCUUUCUCUCAACUACAAAAUUUCCAAUGUUAUUCAGACCUACUCUGAUCAAAAACCAACCCUUGUGUUUUGCUCCACAAGAAAAGGAGUUCAACAGUCUGCUGCUGUGCUUGCCAAGGAUGCCAGGUUCAUUAUGAGUAUUGACCACAAACAAAGACUGGUGAAAUAUGCAAACUCUCUGCUUGAUGCCAAACUCAGAGAUCUUUUUAUUUGUGGGAUUGGAUAUCAUCAUGCUGGCAUGGAUGUUUCAGACAGGAAAUUGAUUGAAGAAGCAUUUACAGUGGGUGACUUGCCAGUGUUAUUCACAACCAGCACCCUAGCCAUGGGUGUGAAUUUGCCAGCCCACCUUGUGAUAAUCAAAUCCACAUUGCACUAUGUUGGUGGUGCAUGUGAAGAAUACAGUGAAGCUGACCUGCUACAGAUGAUUGGGAGAGCUGGCAGACCACAGUUUGAUACGACAGCGACUGCAGUGAUCAUGACCCGGGCUCAGACAAAGGACAAAUACACACAUUUCUUAAGUGGCGUAGACAGCAUAGAGAGCAGCUUGCAUACAAACUUGGUGGAGCACUUGAAUGCAGAGAUAGUUCUCCACACCAUAUCUGAUGUGAACAUGGCUCUAGACUGGAUCCGCUCCACCUUCCUGUACAUCCGUGCUCUGAAAAACCCCAACCACUAUGGCUUUCCCCCUGAGCUUGACAAAUGUGGAAUUGAGACUAAAUUACAAGAACUGUGCUUGAAGAACCUCAACUCUUUGGCCUCUUUUAACCUGAUUACCAUGGAUGAAGACAUUAACAUCAAGCCCACAGAGACUGGAAAACUCAUGGCCAGGUACUGUGUUGCCUUUGACACUGUGAGGCAGUUCAGUAUGGUGACUGGAACAGAAACAUUACCCGAGUUGAUUGAAAUGAUAUCAAAGGGUAAAGAAUUUAGUGAUGUGCAAUUGAGAGUAAAUGAGAAGAAAACCUUGAACAUGUUGAACAAGGAUAAGAACAGAACCACCAUCAGGUUUCCUAUGGAAGGAAAGAUCAAAAGUAAUGACAUGAAAGUGAAUUGUCUGAUUCAAGCUCAGCUUGGCUGCAUCCCCAUUCAGGAGUUUGGACUCAUACAAGACACUGGAAAAAUAUUCAGAAAUGGAAAUCGAGUCAGCAGAUAUCUGACCGAGUUUCUCAGUCAUCACUCCAAAUUGAAUUUUUCUGCUCAACUCAACUCUUUAAUUCUUGCCAAAUGUUUUCGAGCUAAACUGUGGGAGAACUCGCCUUACGUCUCCAGACAGCUUGAGAGGAUAGGAUUAACACUCGCUACUGCCAUGGUGAAUGCAGGGCUUACAACAUUCAGCAAAAUUGAGCUGAAGAGUCCCAGAGAACUAGAGCUAAUUCUGAACCGACACCCUCCAUUUGGGAACCAGAUUAAGGAAGCUGUCAGCAAACUUCCAAAAUAUGAAGUUAGUUUGGAACAGAUUCCUCGAUACAGUCUGUCCACAGCUGAGAUUGUGGUCACAGUGAACCUGCAGAAUUUCAAGGAGUUGGCAUCGAAACAGACAGGACCAGACCACCAUUAUGUUACUCUCAUUAUUGGGGACUGUGACAACAAUGUAGUUUUCCAUCAGAAAAUAAUGGACACAUUGCUCUUGAGGUCUGGGAGCUGGUCAAAGAGAAUCGAGGUGACAAGAACACCUAAGGGAGAGGAGCUCAGCAUUCAUUUGAUCAGCUCUGAAUAUGUGGGUCUGGACAUACAGCAGGAGUACAGCGCCUAUUACUCAGGCGCAAAGAUGUUUGGAGCUGAGUCCUGCAUCAGUGAGAGACCUACAUGGAGAGUGCAGAGGAUUCUCGACACAGCGAAGAGACAAGGCCCCAUGUCAACAACUCCCUCUUCUUCAAACACAGACAUUCUUUUCAUGGAUCAAGUUGCUCCAAACACAGUUAAGAGACAGUGCAAUCAUCUCUGCAAAAACAAGGAGCUCUGUGGACAUGAGUGCUGCAAAGUUGGAGUCACGAAAAGGGCUCAGUCUAGUGUCACCUCAUACCUUAACAACCUAAAAAUGAGGAAUGAGAGAAUUUCUGUGACUCCUGUGAAACGUUUGAAGAUGAUGAUGAAUAAGGGGACAGCAGCUGUAAGCAUGCAGCAGUUCUCAUACAAACCCAAAGACACACUGCCUGCUGCCAAGAAGUUUCAGGGAAGUCAGUGUUACACUCAAAGUACAUAUGAAAUCAAAGAGUUAGAGGCCAAUUCUGUCACUCCACGCGAGAAUUCGUCGUUUGAGUCAUACCAUGAUGGUUUCAAGCACAAGCAGGGUGACUUUUAUUCUGAAAUUGGAGACCCAGCAUUAGAACAUCCUCAACCUUCUGCUUUACCUCAAAGGGUUUCGAUACACAGGCAGCGUGAGCCACACAACGAUGGACAAAUGCACAGAGUCAGUCCUAAAGAAGCCAGUGUUUAUUCUACCCAUACAAACCCAGACCACAGUACUGACAUUGAUGACCGCUGGUCUGGUUCCCUGGAUGUGACCUUUGACCUGGGAUUGAAUGAUUGGGAUGAUUUUGAUGAUGGUAACCUUGUUGAUGCUAGUGAGGUGUGCUGUGAAUCCCAAAUAUGUAACCUGAUGACAGACCAUGAUCAACCUACAAAUUCUGCCUCACAAUGUCCAGGCCAAACCUUGCAAGUCUUGCAACAAAGGAUCCAACCAAUGGCUGUUACACCUCAGACUGCAGUGUACUUAAAAGGAGUUAGUAUGAACUCAAACCAGAGUCAAGCCAAAACACCUUCAGUCCAAAGAAGAUUUGAUUUCUUUUCAAGGGCAGAUGCAGCUCUAAAGGAAAAUACUGUUUGCAGGGAUCACACAGAGGAAAUCAACAAUGAGACCAGUGUUUUCCUCGGUAUGUUUGAUGGCCUUUUUUAAGGUUGUUAUGAAGGAUUCCUGACACAUUUAGCACUACGUUGUAAAGAAUUCAAGUUCCUCUGUCAUUUGUUGAUUUUCUGUUAUAAAGAUGUUCUUGGUUUAACAGCACUCACUAUAUGGAUAAUUUGCAGCAUACAAGUCUAAUGUGAAAUGGAAUGACAAAAAAGUUAUUUUCUUUUGCAUUGCAGAAGAUAUUUUAAGUCUUAAAUGUAUUAAAAAUUGUUCAUUUUACUAAAAAUAUAAGAUUGCACUCACACAUGAAAUGUAAAUGGACUGUCAAAAUUGUAAAGUCAGGAAUGAAUGAGAAAAAUGUUUUUAAAUAGCUAUAUAUAAGACAAUAAAAGUCUACUUUAAGAUUA